AUGAGUAAAGAAUCCGAUACCAUAGACCAGACGACUCACUUAGAUGAUUGCUAUCUCAACAUCUUUAAAACCCCUUCACCUGACAAAAAUUCGGCGUUUGAGUGCUACUUGAAGGUAAAAAAAGAACAAAAACUUGUUGAGAAUCUCGCAAUACAUUCCAUCGACCAUUUUGUCGUACCAAAAAUUGGGGAAGUUGAUUUUCCAAUGAAUUUGGUAUGUCAUGUUGUUCCGAUUGGAGAAUUUGGAAAAAUGAAUAUAAGUGAUUUUCAUGAAAUAUGGGUUAGAUUGGGGAGGUUUGCAAAAACAAUCAGCGAAAUCAAAUCUCUGUUACCCAUAGUCUUUAACAAGUCAACACAAAUUGGCAAUUCGAUCGAGAAAAAGUAUUCUUCAAAUAUAACUAGUGUGAUGUAUAUAUACGAACAAAAAGUGCAACAAUUUCGGGAAUAUUUCCCAAUGUCAAGAACAACCCUUCAUUUUCCUGCAAAUUAUACAUACAACGGCUUAAUGCCUAAUUGGGACGACAGCGAAGGAAACUUAUCUCCAUACAUUGCCAAACUUCGUGAAGUUGAUACAGUCUGGAAAUUCUUGGGAAAUUGGGAUUUGACAUGGAAUGAACCAUACAACGUUGCAUAUCAAAAAGCACUUCUCAAAAAAAUUGAAGAGGAAAAAGCAUACUUCAAAGCAGUCGUUUCCGUUGACGAUUGGAUGUUAAUAUGUUUUAAAUACUGUACUAAAAUUAUAGUCGAAAAUGCUUUGAAAUCAGAAAGAGAUAUAAAUCUUAUUCAACCAUCAGAAAUAAAGAAUGACGACAUCCCCAUAACAGUUGCUUUGAUUCGAAAAUUUGAAGGGUGCGUCUAUUCACACAUAAAAUGUCAAAACGUACAAAUGAAUGUAGUAUUGGAGAAGGAUGGUGAGUAUGGUGUUUUUGCCGCCUGGUUGUGCGCAAAAUGUAUUGAAUCACUACCAGAGUCGACAGUAUCGAUUGGGAAAGAAGUUCAGCAAACCCCCAAAAACACUAAAAAGUCUGGGCUGUUGAUUGCGCUUGGGAGAGAGACGGACAAAGGUUUUAAUGGGUUUCUUAUUUUAAGAUCAAUGUACAUUACCACAAAAAAGAAACACCUAAUUUGA